CUGGCGCUCCCGGCCCUGUUCCCGGUGCUCCCAGCCCGUUCCCGUUCCGUUCCCGGUUUCUCCCCCUCGCUCCCGGUACACCCGAGGAUGCUGCGCCGCCGCGGAGCCUUCACGGUGCAGCCGCUCCGUGCUGACCCCGAUGGUCCCUGGGAGUCGGCCGAGAGCUGCAUCGUGCGCACCUCCGCCAGCGUUUACCGCCGGCUGCAGGAGAGCCCGCGGCAGCCCCGGCGGGGAAUGAGCACCCGGGGGGGACCCCCCAGCAGCCCCCCGGCCGCGGGGAGGCUCCUCAAGUCCGAGUCCGAGGAUUCCGGCGUGGAGAUGGCCAGCAACGAGCACUCGCCCUGCAGCCCGCUGGGCUCCGAGAGCCGCUUCUCCCUGGACGCUUUCCCGGGGGAGCAGCCCCCCGGAGAGGAGCAGCCCCCCGGAGAGGAGCAGCAGCCCCCCCGGAGCCGCUCGGCCAGCCGGAGGCUGCUGCAGGCAGCGCAGCGGAGCCGGAGGCAGCGCUGCCCGCGACAGCUCAGCCGGCGCAGCGCCAGCGCCGCCGACCUGGCCGAGCCCCCCCGGGACCCCGAGGUGGCGGAGGGGGCGGCGGAGGGGCCUCCUCGGGACCCCCGGGCCGUGCCCGAGGUGUCGGGGCAGGGGCUGCGCUACCUGGAGCACGUGUGCCAGAUGCUGGAGCGCCUGGCGCGGCUGCAGCAGGACAACCGCGCCCUCCGGCAGCAGGCGGCGGAGCCCGCACGGCCACCCUGCCCAGCCGGCAGCACCCGAGGCGGGAUUUGGGCACCUGGAGAGGUGAGGAGUUCCGGCAGCGCUCCUGCUCGACAGCCAGGCGCCAGCAGCCGAGCCCGGGCCGUGCCGGCGGUUGUGGGGACACUCGGUCAGCUCCCCCAGCCUGCUGGAGCCCGCCGAGGGCGGCGCGGCUGUCCCGGCACCGGACAAGGACGGGCGCUCGCACUGGGGCCGGGUGAAGGUGCUGCUCACCCGCCUGACCCGCCGCUCCCUGCGCGGCGGCCGCUGCAGGUAGGACGGGGGGGUCCCGCUCCCACCGCCACACCUGGAUGGAGGAAUGCGUCACACCUCACCCCAUGA